AUGAGGCCAGGGACGUUCCGGCAGCUCGUCGAGGUGUCUCGGAGCGCCACGAAGCAGGCCGAUGCCGCGGAAGCGUCGAAUCAACCGAAGCCAUACGCCGACUCCAUCAUAUUCAGCGAGGUAUGUCACUACUGCAUCACCGGAACCCCGAUCCUUGGGACGCUGACGCUGACGACGGAGGCGAUAACGUUCGAGCCUGACGCCAGAGACGCGAAUGUCUACGAACGAGGGAGAGGCUAUUACCAGGUCCACGUCGACCUGGUGAGCAUAGAGGAAUGUGGCUUGAUCGGUGUGUCGGCCGAGGACCUCAGCUCUUACGACAGAGGCAGCAUGCACUGCAACGGCCUGCUGCAGAUUCUGCUGAAAAAUGGCCGUCGGGAUAGUCCAGCCCAGACGGCAACGGAAGACCCUUUCGACCCAUUCUUCUGCGAACAUCGCAUCGUUUCGAAGGCUCAAACGCCGCCGCCCAGGGAAUCACGCUCCGUAAGCCUGGUGUCGCAGGGGAUUUCGAAGCUCAGCUACGUUGCGAACAUGGCGGGAUUCUCCAUGGCGCCUAAGACCCCUCCAGAAAAGCCCCCUCAGGUGGCAGUGCAGGCUAAGGUGUUCGUGGUGUUCGCCUUCUUCAAGAAGGAAGUCGCACACCGAUGUACUCUAGCGCUGAUGGACGCGCUGGAUGAGGCCAAGAAGCGUGCGGCCGCCAUGCCAUCCCGCAGCAGGAUUUCCAGGGUGCCAUUCACGUCCAACGAGCUGCUGCACAUGCUUACUGAAAGCAUAAGGCCCGAGGAGCAGGCGCAACAGCGGCGCAGACGCUCCUCCGAGAGCCGCUCCAGGAAGUCCACGACCAAAAAUACGCAACCGUCCCCCAACGUAGAUGGCAUUGUCGAGAGCGAAAACAAGCUGCGCGAAAAAGUAGCGCAAAAGUCGAGGAUACUCACAGCUGACAUGGUUAGCCAGUUGGUGGACAACCUGCCACCGGCGCUCGCUAUACGGGACUGGGACAUCACAUUCAAGACUUCGCACGACGGGGUGUCAUUCGGCACCUUCUACAAGAACCUGGAUGGGCACGAGCACUGCCUCAUUGUGAUAAAGGACGACAAUGGCAACGUUUUCGGCACUUUCACGGGACACAUAGAGCUGUCGUACAGGUUCUAUGGCACCGCUGAAACGUUCGUCUUCAAGUUCGACAAGGGAAGAAUCCGCGUGUACAGAGCUAAGGGCAACAACAAGUGUUUUGUCUACUCCAACGAGAGCACCAUCGUGAUCGGCGGCGGCGCCAACUCCGCGCUGUCGAUCCACGACGCGUUCCAGAGCGGGACCACCGCCGCAUGCGAGACCUUCGGAAACGACCCGCUCGCACCUUCGUUCGUUUUCAACAUAGAAGAAAUGGAAGUUUGGACCUUCGGAGGCUACCUAGUUUAA